AAGAAAAGCAAUCCUUAUCGGCUUAUCUUCGAUUCCGUUGAAACCAUCCUUUUUUCAUUCUCUGUCUCUAGUUGGCGAGGCAACAGCGGAGGCAGAGGCGACGAUUUGCUGAAGUCGACCGCAAACUAAAAUUGAGAUAGGGGGCAAAAUGGCAGCUGCAGCCAUGGGCUUCAACUUGGUUGGAACUUUUAGAGGAUUCUCCUUGGAUUCAAGCUCAUCGCCUGCUUUCUUCAGAGGAGAUUUUGGGUCCAUUUGUAUUGGUAACAGGGUCUCCCUCUCAUUUCCUCUUAAAACUCCAUUAACAAUUGAGUCUGCGCACAAGAAAGGAGCUGGAAGCACCAAGAAUGGUCGAGAUUCGAGAGGUCAGAGACUUGGUGUCAAAAUCUAUGGUGAUCAGGUUGCCAAGCCUGGUGCAAUUAUCAUUCGGCAGCGUGGUACCAAGUUUCACCCAGGGAAGAAUGUUGGGAUGGGCAAGGACCACACCAUCUUUUCAAUGAUUGAUGGAUUAGUAAAGUUCGAGAAGUUCGGACCAGACAGGAAAAAGGUGAGUGUUUAUCCACGUGUUGAGCAGCCUGAAAACUCAAAUAGCUACAGAGCAUGGAAGAGAGAGUAUUUCAGGAUGCAACGUGAACGCCAAAAAGCAAGGAAGGCAGGCAUUGUACCCCAACCUCAAAUGGUAUUGGCUUCAGCAGAGGAGGUUUUGGUUUCCAACAACAACCCGAUCUGCUGAUCAGUUCAUAUGUUCUGAAUUUGAAAAGUGACACUUUCUACCUUGUAAUGAUCAAUUCAUUAACACGUAAGCUCUAUACAUCACAUGAACAGGUUUGGUUCCGUUGUGAUGCAGGUACAUCACAGAAGUGGGCUCAUUUUUGUGGGUUUGGUUCAAUAUGUAUUAGGCUUUUUGGGGAUUUUCACUUUAAUGAGCCUAAAAUAAGAAUUGGGAAUACAAGAUUUACUUUAUUAUUUAGUUAAGUUGGAGUCCUAAUCAGAAUGGGAGUUGUUUUA